UAAAACAGGAAACGGCGAGAGGCGUUAGCAGCAGUUAAUUAUUAGCCUGUUGGCUACCACAGCUACACACAGAAACAAACCACAGCAAAGCCUUUAUCUGAAGAAGCCAAUAAAGACUAUCGCCUGCCCGGUCGAUUGGUUUCAUCGGUGGGACCGACAUGUCAGAGACGUACGAUUUCCUGUUCAAGUUCCUGGUGAUUGGCAGCGCCGGGACUGGGAAAUCAUGCCUCCUUCACCAGUUCAUAGAGAACAAGUUCAAACAGGACUCCAAUCACACCAUCGGCGUUGAGUUCGGCUCCAGGGUUGUCAAUGUUGGUGGCAAAACAGUCAAACUGCAGAUCUGGGACACGGCUGGACAGGAGCGCUUUAGGUCAGUGACACGUAGUUACUAUCGUGGAGCAGCAGGAGCUCUUCUCGUCUAUGACAUCACAAGUAGGGAGACCUACAAUGCUCUGACUAACUGGUUGACGGACGCACGGACACUGGCCAGUCCCAACAUCGUCAUCAUCCUGUGCGGAAAUAAGAAGGAUCUGGACGCGGACCGUGAAGUCACCUUUCUAGAGGCAUCUCGCUUCGCCCAGGAGAACGAGCUAAUGUUUUUGGAGACGAGUGCUUUGACUGGAGAGAACGUCGAGGAAGCCUUUCUUAAAUGCGCUCGCAGUAUCCUCAACAAGAUUGAAUCAGGUGAGCUGGACCCAGAGCGGAUGGGUUCUGGAAUCCAGUAUGGCGACGCGUCCCUGCGGCAGAUCCGACAGCCCCGGGGCUCUGCUGCACAGACCAAGCAGCAGUGUAACUGUUAGGGCUCUGAAGACCCUGAAACCACACCGGAUGUCAGACCAGACACACACAACCGUCCCCUCUCAGCUCCGGGUGUCUCUGGGUUUGCACGACCUCCAUCCCAUCCCAAAAUGUGACCCUUCCACACCCAGACACAUCUGGAUCAUUUCUUACGAAGUCCAUCCUCAAGUUUUGACCUCUGACCUCAGAAAGCUGUUCACCAAGGACAGAUCUCCUGACAGAACUGCAGUGCUCGGAGAGCACAGGUGAAUCUCCACCAGAAACCGAGAUUGUGUGUGUGUGUGUGCACGCGUGUACGAGUGCGUGUGUGUUUUUAACCUCUUCUGUGACUUGUACACACGCAGUCAUCAGCCAUCAUCUAGACUAAACCAACCAAUCAAUCACAGUGGUAGAUCAAAUAUUCAUAAUCCUAAACUAGAUUUCACUGAAUUGUUUUAUACAUCGUGACAUAUCAGAUCGUAGAGGGAUAACAAUGAAAAGUAACUCAUCAUUUAUUCAUCCUCAAACAGUUCUGGUGCUUUGAGUUUUGUUUUUUCUGUUAAACUCAAAUUAAUUUAUUUAAAAGAAUUUUGGAAACUUGAGCCAUUUAAAAAAAAAAAAACAUUAUAGAUGUCAAUGGUUACCGGUUUUGCGUUUAAUCUGAAAAAUAUAAUCUCUGACAGGUUUUAGACAAGUGAAAGGUUAGUAAAUUAUGACGGAAUUUGCAUUUUCAUUUUUAGUCACCCCCAAAUGGUUCCCAAGUUGUAUGAGAUUCGAUUAUUUCUGUUGAACACAAAUGAAGAUAUUUGAAAGAAUUUUGGAAACCAUGUUUACUCAUUGAUAUAGCAUUGAAAAAAAGACUAUGGAAGUCAGUGGUUACUGGUUUCCAGCAUUUUCCCAAAUAUCUUAAUUUGCAUUUAACCAAAAAAUGAAUCUCUAAUGGGCUUUGAACACGUGAAAGUUUAGUAAAUGAUGAUGUAAUUUUCAUUUUAAUCACCCUCAAAUGUUUCCAAAGUUGUAUGAGAAAACAAAAAUAUUUGAAAGAGUUUUGGAACAUAUAUGUUUAGUCAUUGACUUACUAUUGAAAAAAAAAUACUAUGGAAGUCAAUGGUUACCGGUGUCAAGCAUUUUUAAAAAUAUCUUUUUUUUGCGUUUAACCAAAUAAAGAAUCUCCAACAGGUUUCAAACAAGUGAAAAGUUAGUAAAUUAUGGCGGAAUUUUCACUUUUAGUCACCCUCAAAUGGUUCCAAAGUUGAAUAAGAUUCAUUUAUUUCUGUUGAACAGAAAUGAAGAUAUUUGAAAGAAUUUUGGGAUACUACGUAUAGCCAUUGACAUAAUAUUAAAUAAAAAAAAAAUACUAUGGAAGUCAAUGGUUACUGGUGUGCAGUAUUUUUCAAAAUAUCUUCUCUUUGCAUUUAACCGAAAAAAGAAUCUUUAAUGGAUUUCAAACAAGUGAAAAGUUAGUAAAUUACGACAGAAUUUUCAUUUUUAGUCACCUUCAAAUGGUUCCAAAGUUGAAUGAGAUUCAUUUAUUUCUGUUGAACACAAAGACUUUUGAAAGAAUUUUGAAAACUACAUUUAGCCAUUGACAGUAUUGAAAAAAGAAAAAUACUAUGGAAGUCAAUGGUUACCGGUUUCCAUCAUUUUUCAAAAUAUCUUCUUUUUGCGUUUAACCAAAAAAAAUCUUUAACAGGUUUCAAACAAGUGAAAGGUUAGUAAAUGAUGACAGAAUUUUCAUUUUCAUUUUCGUCACCCUCAAAUGGUUCCAGAGUUGUAUGAAAUUCAUUUAUUUCUGUUGAACACAAAGAGUUUGAAAGAAUUUCAAGAAGAAUUAUUGAAAAAAGAAAAAUACUCUGGAAGUCAAUGAUUACCGGUUUCUCGCAUUUUUCAAAAUAUCUUCUUUUUGCUUUUAAUUAAAAAAGUUUCAAACAAGUGAAAGGUUAAUAAAUAAUGUCAGAAUUUUCAUUUUUAGAUUAAUUAAUCCCUUUAUAUUUUAAUUGAAUGUCAAUUUUAACAUCAUUAGAAAUGACAAUUGUGGAUAUAAUUGCUCCAUGCAGGCUAGUUUGUAUCUUUUCAAGUAUUCCAAGCCAAAUAUUGAGUUUAAGCAGGAAAGUGAAGCUCUUUAAACUCCUUGUGUGUUCAGAUUUUUAUCAUGCUGCAUUGGUCAUGCAUUUUAAAGCGCCUUUAGGAGCACAAAGGAGGUGAGGGGAGCAAGAAACAUCUGUUCAGAUCUUGUCGGCCGCUGUUAUCUGGAUGAUAUCAGAUGUUCAGCUCGCAGCCCAAUCUUGAGGUUAUCAGCUAACUUUUAACCUCUUGCAUCCAUUUCACAAACCUUCACGUGCUAUUUCUGUAUAAUUUAUCGAAACGAAGGACUAAAAAUCAAUGUAAGUUCUGUUUUCGAUUGACAUUUUUGCACUUAUUUGGUAAAAAAAACAUUUAGGAGACCACUUGAAAUUGCUUGUUUACUCUAGAUUUUGCUUUGCAUUAAGUUAAACAUAUUUUGUUUGUUUUAUUCUGUAGACUAGUGAAGACAUUUCUUUCAAACUAAAAAAUAAAGUAACAGUUUUUGCUAAAAUUACAUUUGGUCAGAAUGGAAUUUGGUCAGAAAUUUUUUUUUUCAGAUAUGAAGAUAUACAUUUUUACUCUGUGUAAUAGCAUGAGAUUUAAGUAAUCAGUCUUUGAUGGAAUAAACCCAAUUUUCUUUUUUCAUAACAAAUGAAAACAUCGAUUAUUUUGACCAGUGGUCAUUUUUUUCUUCUUUUUCAUAAAAAAAAGCUGUAAAUGACAAUAUUUUGUCGAAAUUUAAAAAUAAAUAUUAUCAGACCUUUAUAGAAUGAAACAAAUAACAGCAUUUCACUCAAACACAUUCCUAAUAAAUCCAGAGAAACUCUGAAUUUUUAAGUGGUCUCUUAUGGUUUUUCCUCAAAGAUUUUCUCUAAAAUGCAGUGUACAAAUAUCUGGAUGGGUGAAUCUAAUAAAAACUCAAGUAUUUGAGUAAGAUUUUACCCUAAAGUCUAAAUAAAUCAAUAAAAAUACAAAUUUACUAAAGAUUUUGACAAUUGAAUGUCAGUUAAGCACAUUUUUUUCCACAGUUUCAUUACUAUAAUGUUCAAAAAUAUAGUUCAAUUCUAAAUUAAAUUCAGCUGAUUUUUAACCGAAAAUCAAUGUAAGUUCUGUUUUUGAUUUUACAUUUUUGCACUUAUUUGGUAAAAAUUAAAUAGGAGACUACUUAAAAAUGCCCAUUUACUCUGGAUUUAGUUCUGCUUUUAAGUAAAUGUGAUGACAUUUCUUACAAGUUAAAAAAUUGAAAUAAUAGUCGUUUGGAGAAUUUUUGCUGAAAUUUUAAUAGGUCAGAAUAUUUCUUUCACAUGUGUAUAUAUUAAUUUUAAGACUACAUAAUAGCAUCGCUUUAACUUUACUAGACUUAAGUAAUUCAUCUUUGAUGGAAUAAAGCCACUGUUUGUUUUCAUAACAAAUGAAAACAUUGAUUAUUUUUAACAGGUAGUCAAAAUAUGCCAAGUGACAAUAUUCUGUUUGAAAUUUGAAAUAAAUGUCCUUUAUAAAAUGAAUCAAAUAAUGGCAUUUCACUCAAAGACAUUCCUAAUAAAUACAGUAUAUUCAGAGAAACUAUUAAUUUUCAAGUGGUCUCUUAAGGUUUUUUAUUCAUAGCUAUUUUUCCCCCCCAAAAAAAUCUCUAUAAUAUAAUGUACAUAUAUCUGGAUGGAUGAAUCUCGUAAAAUCUCAAGUAUUCGAGUAAUUUUUUGCCCUGAAGUCUAAAUAAAAUAAAUAAAUAAAAAAAAAAACGUAAUUACUAAAGAUUUGGACAUUUGUAUGUCAGUUAAGCACAUUUUCCUCCUACAGUUUUAUUACUAUAGUGUUCAAAAUUUAGUUUAAUUCUAAAUUAAAUUCAGCUGAUUUUAACCCCCCAAACUUAAAAAAAAAAAAGUUCUGCUUCUGAUUGACAUUUUUGCACUUUUUUUGGUAGACCACUUGGAAAUGCUUAUUUACUCAGGAUUUUAUGCUGCUGUUUAGUCAAUCAUACGAAAAAAAUAGGGGUGUACCGAUACUAGCAUCGGAAGUAUUCACCGAUAAUGCAAAAAUUCUGGCAUCGUAUCGGGGAGUAAUUGAAACCAUAAACUGAUCCGAUACCAUCUUUUUAAGUGAGACAUAUGACCGCUAGCUUUGCUUAGCACUGCAAACCUGGAGUCACUUCACUGCUCAGAAGGUUCACUAUUGAAUGUCUGAUAAUAAAAAUGUCAGAUAAUAAUGUUCGCUGCAUGUAUUUGUUCAUAUUUUAUAAAUUGAUAAGUUUGAAGCUCUCAGAACAUUUAUUCUGUCAAUUUAUACAGUGUUAGUAGUAUACACAACUGUUUCUACAGAUAUACACUCCGAUUUCGGUUCAGUACUCUGUAUCGACCAAUACGCUGAGCUCAGGUAUCGGUAUUGGGAAGGGAAACCGUGUAUCAGAACAUCCCUAAUAACAAAUUAAAACAUUGAUUAUUUUUAACAAGUAGUCAAAAUAUGCCAAGUGACAAUAUUCUGUUAGGAAUUUGAAAUAAAUAUCCUUUAUAGAAUGAAACAAAUAAUGGCAUUUCACUCAAAGACAUUCCUAAUAAAUAGAGUAAAUCCAGAGAAACUGGAAUUUUCAAGUGGUCACUUAAUUCUUUAAAUUUCUGGAUGGAUGAAUCACAUAAAAAGCAAGCAUUCAAGUAAGAUUUCAUCCUUAAUAAACAUAUUUGCUAAGGACUUGGACAUUUGUACGUUAGUUAAGCACAUUUUUCUCCCACACUUUCAUUACUAUAAUGUGCAAAAAUAUAGUUAAAUUAUAAAAUAAAUUCUGCUGAUUUUAACCCCACAAACUGGUUUUAUUUUUAGAUAAUAGUAAUGCGCAUACGAAUUUUAAUGCUUAAUUUUCAAACAAAAAUCUGAUAAUACAUCAUAAUAGCAAAAUAUAAUUUCUGCUCCCAGAUUUUGUUUUCCCCCUUCUUAAAAUGUACCAUUUUACUGUUGGGUUAAUCAUGUAAAAAUAGACGCUGCAAAGUAUAAUGAUUGAAUAAAGUUUAUUUUCUCUGUCCAGCACACGUGAAUCACCUUACACAUGAACUGGCAUUUAGUUCUCCAUAUUUUUGGGGGGGUUUAUUAGUUCUGGUUACCCAUGACAGGCAGAUCUAGAGGUGAAAACCAGUGCGGUGACCCGAUUCCCCUGUGACACCAUCAUUAUGCACCACAGACAGACCUGUGUUUUAAAUACUGUCUUACGUGACGUGUUGGUUUUUCUUUUGUUUUCCCUCUGCAAGUGCACUUUUUUUGACUGUUUAUAUACUGUACCUAUAGAAUUGUACAAUUUAUAGUAAUUUAAUUAUAUUAAAAUGAGAGAAUAUUGUUUGAGGAGUGAUUUAUUCCUUACUAAAGGACAACUGAGACUAGUCCGACACCAUUUCAGCCAUUUUUCAACUCAGAAGUACAUGCUGGUAGUUGUAAAUGAUCGAUCGUCAUUUCUCUUCUAUAACAAGCACAGCCUUAACCACAUGAUUGUUCUACAGGAUUCAAGCCUCAUAGCUCGCAUAAUCGUCCAGAGUUUGUCAAAUGCACUUUUACUGUUACAUAUGUUUCUUUGGGUCACUGUGAUCAGAUUUACCAAGUGUUUUGACUUAUUUAAACUCACAGUUUUUCGCAUUUUGAGUCAAUGGAAUAUUCUAGGUUGAAUGCAACUUGCUAAAAAAAAUAAUUUUUAUACUUUAUUAAGUUUCAAUAAGUAAUAAUAAGUUUUAUAUUUUAAAAUAGUACCUUUUAUACCAUGUCCACACGCACAGGGGUAUUUUUUGUUUGUUUGUUUUUAAGAAAUCUCUGUGUACAUGAAAACACCAAAAUCGCACUGAUGUGCAUGUUAAUGGUACGCCAAACCAACAGGUGGCGAUGGUGACACUUUUAUGCUGGGUUCACACCAAAUGGCGAAUUAAGUAUUUGCGUGAGUGAAUUGUAUAUAAGUUAAUGCAAACUAAGGAACACAGGUGGAUUACGCGAUACGUAUGAUGUGAACGAGCGAAAUUCGCCUCAUUUGCGUCUUCUGCAUUUGGUGUGAACCCAACCGUUUUGGCCAGUCAGAAAGGAGAAAAUGGCGCAUACACUGACGUCAUGAGGCGAAAACUCUGGAAACCAGAGUGUACCCAGAGUUUCACUGUACCUAGAGUUUCAGAAAAUCUUCACCCUAGCUGGAGUUUUCAGAAUGUUUUGGUUUCACUCGUGCUAUACGCGUGUUUUCGUGUGGACAAACAGCAAAAUUGUGUGGGGAAAAAAAGUUGUUUUGAAAAUAUUCUUGUUCGUGUGGACAGGGCCUUCAGUUUAUGUACUUAAGAUUUAAGCGUAUUUUGUUGUAUUUUCAAAAUAAUUAGCAAAAAUCUCAAAUUUACAAAUAUCUAAAUGUCAUGGCGUUCAUUGAGCAAAAACAAUAAUAGUAAAAUUUAUAUUAAAUUUAUAAUAAGUAAAAUUUAAGUAAAAUAAGUAAAAUUUAUAUUCCUAUAAAUAUGGCACUGAUAUUGAUGAGUUUUCCUAAUAACUCUUUAAAUUUGCAUGGUGAUGUUUUGUACAACCCAGGCUUAUUGGAAAUGUGUGCCUCAGCCUAUAUUUUUGUAAAUUGUAAAAUACGUUACUGUGGAUAUGUUUUGUUGCACAUUUCAAUUGACAAUCCACUAGAGGGUGCUGUCUAUAUUUGUGUUAAUGUGAAAUGCGUUACUUAAGGCCCUAGUAUACUUCAAAUUAAAUUGAAAACAAACAAAAAUUUAAUCGUUUAACUAAAUCAGUCCAAAAUUAAGUUCAUUUUGGCAGUUCAAAACAGCUCAUUCAAAACAAACCUUUUGAGAAGGGGUCGGAGCCAACUCUAAGUGGGUGGGGCUUGAGCUCCAAGUGGACUAUACAAACCUGGAGUUUUUAUUAUUUUAAUGUCUUGUACAUGAAACAGUCACAUGAAUGUCUACACCUACCCCAAUCCUAAAACCAACCUCACAGUAACCUGUUGUGAUUUAUUAACGUCUACACCUUUACCCCAACCCUAAACCCAACCUCAAAGUAACCUGUUGUGUUUUGAGCGGUGUAAAAUGAGAUUCCAGAUAACCCAGGAUUCCGAGCGUUUUACAUCACAAGUACAACACCUAUAAAGGGAGCUACUGAGCAAUCUGACCAUGCUAGAAGAGUUGUCCAUAUGGAGAUAGACCAGCCUGAUCUCACGAGAAAACGUAAGUAUUUUACGUUUUGACAGUUUAGUGGCUAAUUCGUACGAAUUCAAACGAGUUCGGUCGUACGAAAUUGUACGAUUUUAAAAAGGAGGCGUGGCACCUAACCCCACCCCUAAACCCAACCGUCAUUGGCGGAUGAGCAAAUCGUACUAAAUUGUACGAAUUAGAUCGUACGAAUUAGCCACUAAAUCAAAAAGUUACGAAUUGCCGUGAGAUUGUGUUGGAUAGACGCAUGAGUCAAAUGUAUUUGACUACAAAUCUAUAGACAUCAAGUUGGUUUGUGAUAUUUGUUUGGUGUAUUGCAAAGAACGGCACAAAAAAAUAAUUUCUUCGUCAAUGAUGUGCCACUGUAAAUGUCACUAGUGUGGAAAUUAUCAAAAAUUGUUGCCGUCAAACUGCCCCGUAAUGUUCAUUUUAUCUGCAAGCUGCAGUCAAAUGUAUGUUAAAGCUUUUUGUUUGCAGUUCGCAAAAAUGUAGGCUGAAGCAUAAGCAUGUAUUUUUAAUGAGCCUGUGUUGGUUUUGUACGAAAGAAUCACUAUGCAAAUUUUAAUUGAAGUGUUUUAAAUGCACAAUAUAUGCUAACAUUUAAUGAGCGAAAUCCAGCUUUUUCAAUGGGACUUCUCUGUAUGGGUUUGGCCUGUGGAUUUCUCAUAACCUUUGUGUGCACAAUCCAAUCAUCAACAUCAUUCUGUCAAAAUCCGCAUUGGGAAAUUCUUUGACUUCACAUGAGACUUCAGAUCCCACAACUUUCAAUGAAAAAAUGACUGGAUUUUGCCAGUAAAAUGUUUGUAGAGCAUCAAUCAAUCACAAUGUGCGGUCAUAAUUUUGUGCAUGAAUUCCAGUCAUUUUAAUUGGACUUUGUGUGGCAAAUUUAUGUUGACCAACUUGAAUGAGCAAAAUGUGUAUGAUAAAUUUGUUCGCAUUUUAUUUUAAAUGACUGGAUAUUACAGCUCAACAAUAUCCAUUGAAAUUCAUUCGUUUCAAUUGGAAAAAGCCUAAUUUGGAUUUUUGUUUUGGCUUGAAAGAUUUUGCAGUUGAUCAUGCAGAUUUGCUUCGGCGACCUGCAGCAAGCUGCUUUGUUUGAAAGACAAUGGAAUUUUUUUUUAAAUGCAAAAACUUGCUGACAUAAUGCACUUCUAGGCAGCUUUCUAUUGGUCGAUGAGACACUUUUGCAUUAACAGCUUGAGGCAAAAAAAGCUAAUUCUUUAUUUAUUAAGGGAACUUGGCCUAACAUGAAACUCCUACUUGUGCUGAUUUCAAUUAAAACAGUAAGUAUAACCAUUAAAUUAAAGAUACACUUUAAAAAGCGAUGUAGUUGACUUAAGUUGAGUAAACAUGUUGUUUUUGAAUAAUUUAUUUGACUUUACUUAAAGUAAGUAAAUCUGUGGCCUUAAUAAUUUUAAAGUACAUAAAUUAUGUGCGUAAUUAUUAAAAUUUAAUAGUUCAAAGUUACGACAGGUUUACUCACGUUUAAUGUAAAGUCAAUACACUGUAAAACGUGAUGUAGUUGACUUUAUUCUAAAAAGUAAGUAUAUUGUUUUUAAAGGUGCUUUAUGUAAGUUUUUGACUUUUCUAAAGCAUAAAAUACCAUAAUGUGUUUGCAGAUAUUUAAGAAACAUGCUAAGUGAACAUACUUGUUUAUCUGAAACACAAAGUCAGAUAUUCUACUUUGAAAAUAAGCAUAACUUGCUGGAAAGGCUGUCUUUGUUUUGGUCCCUUUACCCACCCAAUGCCAGUUUAACCAAUUUUAUUUCAGUAUCAUGAGUUGCCUUGAUGGAAAACAGCAUAUUUCAUUCAUUCAGUCAUGAAAGCUCUCAAAACAUGCGUCCGUGACUGAAAUCCGACAUCCGGUGGACAGUAGCAGGCUCCGAAAUGAGACACAGAUUCAGAGUUCCUCAUGAGGUCAUUAAUUAGCAAAUCACAUGAAUAUUAUGAACGUAAACGUUAGGUGAGCAAGUUACAUUGUAACCGUGUGUCCUAACUACACGCUACAUGAUGAGAUUUGCAAUGAUAAGCAGUUUGGCUGUUUGCACCAAACGAAACAUGACAGAAAUUUAAAUACAGGCGUUCAGAAACACAGAAUAGUGCACUCACUGCACUUCAACGAAAUGGUAAGGUUUAUAAUCUAAUUAACACAUAUUAAACCUCUUUAACAUUAUUAAAUGUAGAUGCUGAAUCACUGUUAUGUGUUGGUUUGCACUCAGUCACAGUUCUGAAGUUCAAUUUUAAACGGUUUAUUUUAUUUUCAAGAUCUGAGGUGAACUAUCUGCUGCUGGCAAUAAAUGUCAUGUAAAAUGGCAUUCAAACUCACAUCAUUAGCGGUCAACACUGAAUAAAGCACAUGAGGUGUGCCUGAGGUGAUCAUUGUUCAUUCUGUUUUUCACCUGUGAGAAAUAGAAGCUGUUUCUAAAAACUGAAAUUCCAGGUGGGUUGGGACAAAAAAUGAUUAAUUUUUAAUUUGUUUAAUUUUAAUUUAUUAAUAUUCCUUCUAUUGUGUGCCGUUGCUUUUAGUUUUCUAUAGUCAGGCACACUCACGACACAUCAAUCUGGCAACCUGUGCUUGCUGGAUUCAAAGGAGCCGAGUGUUGUAAAAAUGUGUUUUGAUCUUGGAGUGUGCAAUACCUAGUUCAACCACUGGGUGUCAAACUUUUUAUGCUGCACCUUUAAGUAAAGUCAAUACACUGUGAAAAGCGAUGCAGUUGGCUUUACUAAAGUGAGUAAACCCAUUGUUUUAAAAUCAAUUAGUUCACUUAAUAAUUUAAAGUAGUGAAUUUACUCACUUUAAGUCAACUAAUUGAUUUAAAAACAAUGGGUUUACUUAAUUUUUAAAGUCAACCACAUAGCUUUUCAUAGUGUAUUGACUACUUAAAAAAGUGAGUAAAACUGUUAACUUGUAACUUUCGUUAAGUUGACUUAUUUUUGAUAAUUAUGCACAUAAUUAAUUUACUUAAAGAGAGUAAACCCAUUGUUUUGGCUUAAUAAUAAAAGGCAACAAGUUUACUCACUUUAGGUAAAGUCAAAACAAUGGGCUUACUCACUUUAAGUACACUGCAAAAAGUGAUUAGUUACUUAAAGCGAGUAAACCAAUUGCCUUAAAAGCAACAAGUUGACUUUACAAAAAUAAUGUAAGUAAACCCAUUGUCUUGGAACUGUUAGGUUGACUUCAUUUCUAGAAUUAUUCAAAUUGUACUCACUUUUUUUAAAAUAAAAGCAGACUAAUCACUUUUUUUCCUAUAGACCUUUAUUAUAUUUGUUUUUCUCCAGCUUUUCUGUAUCUAGCACAAUGACAUAUGGUUAAAUAAAUCUGCUCUUCCAGACUCCAGUGUGUCUUCUAAAUUCAAUACAGGGUGUAAUUGUAGAUUUUAUAGACUUAAUGACGCACCAAAUAUGUAAUAUUGUGAUAAUUACAGUACUUAUUUGAAUAAUCAUGCUAAAGUCAUGCUAAAAUAGUCUGAAACUGUAAAAAGAGAUUAUUAUUUGACUUAAAAAUAAGUACAAUUAUUAUUAAAAUAAUUAUAAAAUAACAUUUAUAAAAAUUAAGUCAACUUAACAGUUCCAAGUUACAAUGAGUUCACUUACAUUAUUUUUGUAAAGUCAACUUGUUUUUAAGGCAAUUGAUUUACUUAAAGUAACUAAUCACUUUUCACAGUGUAAAUUAAUUAUGUGCAUAAUUAUCAAAAUUCAGUUACAGUUCCAAGUUACGACAUGUUUACUCCAUCUUUUUUUUAAGUCAACUUUUUAAGUAAAGUCGUUUUUAAGGCACCAAGUUAACUCACUUUAAGUAAUCGCUUUUUACAAAGCAUGAAAUGAAAAGUGUGUGGUCAAAAUCCAGUCAUUUAAAAUAGGAUUAUUAAUUUCCCAUUAGGAUGAAAGGUCCAUCAUGUGAAUUCACUGCAUUGACCAAUAGAAAGUUGCUGUUUCUGAGCAAUUCUUUGUGAGCUGAUUUAUUCAAUUACUUUGCUCAUUAAAUUUCACUCAAAUGUUGCUUAAAUGAUUUUUCAACUCCAACCUUUCCUGUUGUUUUUAAUUUGGUAUGUCAUAACCAAACAUCAAUAUGGAGUGCAUUUGAAGAGCAUAAACCAGUUGUUGCUUAGUAACCGGUGUGAUUUGUUUAUUCAUAAAUACUGUAUAUCUGGAUCAUGUAUGCUGUAAAUAAGAUUGAAUUUGUCUAUGGAAGUGUUUGGGGGGGAAGGUGCUUGUUUGAUUUCAAGAUUAAGGUUAUAAUUAAAGUUUGCUUGUUUUUUA